UCGCGGGCAGUGGGGGAAUCUGCCCCCGUGCGCACCCCGCACCGGACCGGGAGCCAUGUGGUCAGCCGAUGAAAUCGCUGGGCUGUGCUACUUGCACUAUAGGACGAGACUCCCCAAGCAGGGGAAGCCAGAUCCAAAGAGGGAAUGGACUUCACUGGCAGCUGUUGUCAAAGUGGAGUCUGCAGCCCAGACUGAGGCUCUCGGUAGUCCAGGGAACCUCCAGGUAACUAAAGAAGUUGUUGCUAUGGGAACUGGAACAAAAUGUAUUGGCCAGAACAAAAUGAGAAAAAAUGGAGACAUUUUGAAUGACAGUCAUGCUGAAGUUGUGGCCAAGAGGAGCUUCCAGAGGUACCUUCUCCAUCAGAUGUGGCUGGCAGCUUCCCAUCAGCAGUGCAGUAUCUUUAGUCCGGGAACUGAAACUGGAAAAUGGAAACUCAAACCAAAUAUCAUAUUUGUUUUCUUCUCCAGUCAUACCCCAUGUGGAGAUGCUUCUAUUAUUCCAAUCACUGAAUCAGAGAACCAGCUUUCUAAGCCAAUGACUGCAGGUGAUGCAGCUGGACAAUCAGCAGAGUGCAGAAGUAAGCAUGAUCAUUUGUGUCUGGAAGAUAAAAGGAAAGCAGAGAACGUGGCAAGUAAUGGUGCAAUCAAGAGAAUGAAGACUGGAGAGGAUGGUUGUUUUUCCACAGUCACUGAAGACCUGCCUGUUCAGCAAGAAUCCGUAAAACGAGAAGACGAUACAAAUCAAAAAUGCUGUGAAUGUUCUGCAGAGGUGCAAACAGCUAAUAAGGAGACUGGCUCAGUGAGACCAAAGGUAGUAGAUGUUCAUAGAACUGGAGCCAAAUGUGUGCCUGGAGAGCUGGAUGAUGCCCGAACACCUGGGCUGGGCUACCACUGUGUGGGAUUAUUACGAGUGAAGCCAGGUCGUGGAGACAGAACAUGCUCUAUGUCCUGCAGUGAUAAACUGGCUCGCUGGAAUGUGUUAGGGUGUCAAGGAGCUCUUCUCAUGCAUUUCCUGCAGCAUCCGGUGUAUCUGUCAGCAAUUAUAGUGGGGAAGUGUCCAUAUAGCCAAGAAGCCAUGCAGAGAGCAAUCAUCGAAAGGUGUAAGCACAUCUCAUCUUUACCAGAUGGUUUUCUGGCUCAGGAAGUUAAGCUGCUGCAGUCGGAUCUUCAAUUUGAACACAGUCGUGAGGCAGUUCAGGAGGGUCAAACUAACAGCAAAACGAAACUUGUUCCUUGUGGUGCAGCUAUCAGUUGGAGUGCAGUCCCUGAGGAACCUCUGGAUGUCACAUCAAAUGGCUUCCGCCAGGGAACAACAAAGAAGGGGAUUGGGAGCCAUCAGAGCAGAUCCAAGAUCUGUAAAGUGGAACUCUUCCAUAAAUUCCAAAAGCUGGUGACAAGUAUUUCACAAGAGGAUCUACCAGACACUCUCCGGGUGAAGACUCUAAAAACCUACUGGGACUACAAGGAAGCUGCAUUAAAUUAUCAAGAAGCCUGGAAAGUGCUGCGUAGCCAAGCCCUGCUGGGUUGGGUCAAGAAUGCCAAGGAAUACUUGCACUUCACAUGAGAAUCCAUGUGGCUAUGUAAAUCCAGCAAUAAAAACAGCAGAUACCUCUGCAGUUCAAGGUCCAGGAAAAAACAUCCUCAGUUCAUGUGCUGUAAAGAGACAGGAGUGAAAAGGAAAGAAAUCUAGAGAAGUCUUUAUUUUGGUUGUGUUGAAGCGCCCUUUUUAUUAAAAUGCAGAAAAGGAUCGUUACUGACUUAAAGUUCUGAGCUGCGUGAAAAAAUAUGCCUCCAAAAGAAAGGAAGCAGGGAUAUGCUGCCCUCUGUUAUAUGAGGAUUUGAUCAUAAUUCCAUAAUUGUUGCAGUGAAUGUAAUGUCACCUGAAAGUGAAGCAGUGUGAUGGAAGAAAGGCCGUCAUUGUAAAAUUUUAGUGCUGUUUUUUUCUUCCACUCCUCGUAAUGUUAUGGUUGUUUUUCUGUUGCUGGGACAACAUGAAUGUAUAGUAAGUAAUAUUUUUAUAACUCUUGGCUCUCCCUUUCUGGUGCCUGGAAGAAUUUUCCAUAUCCCCCAGCCUCAUUGCUUCUAACUGGAAAUACUCGUUCUGUUAAAGUGUCAUUUUUUCUGGUAAUCCAUCAUAUAUAGUGCUAUUUACUAAAUAUAGCCACAGCUAUAGCCACAGCAGAAGUAAAAGAGUGCCGGGGAGGAGUCUGUGUCAAAUAAUACCACUUGUGAUAUCCUGUGCCCCUUUCCUAAUUUCAGGACUUUGACAGAUAACCCUCCAACUGCUUUGCUUCCAUAGGAAGGAAAGAAAUCUCCUGAAUUACCUGUUCAAACCUGUCGGUCCUGUGUAACUACAGGCAAACAUUUACUUGCUUUUCAGUGUUUUAAGCACUGUGCAUCCCCCUUGUCCCCACCGUGGGAGAUGGUUAAUUAAAAGCAGAAGUGCCUUAGCCAUUUAUGUCACUGUUCCCUGGCAAGUGUUCAUUAAUAGCCUGGCAAAGGUGGAGAUGCUUUGGGGGGACUGAAAGUAGUCUCUGGCAUGUGUCUUGCGGUCUCUUGUCAUCAUGCUUUAUUACCAGCUAACAUCCGCAUGGCAAAACCGUCAACACUGUGAGCAGUUGUGGGGGAAGCAGAGGAUAAUCCUCCCUAAACUUUGUCUCAGUUAUUGCCUUCUGAGCGAGUUCAGGACUGUGUAACUGCAACUGAGCACACUCCCCCUUUUUAUUUUUUCUCUUGUAAACCAGAAAUCAUGAAAGAUUUGAACAAGGCAAUGGCAGGAUGAAAGAAGUGGAUAAUUUAGAACUUAGGAAUUCUUCAGUGAUUUGAAUUUUCUGCUCUUCGGUAUAUUACAGUUUUGGAUUUGAAGAAUGGGCACAGCCUUUGCUGUCAACUACUGAGCUAGAUAUGGGCCCAAACAGUAUACAUCACAUUACAUUCUGAGAACUGAUUACAGCAAAUCCUUUUACUUCACACUUACAUUGACUUGUCAGAUAAGUAUAGUUCUCUCUUACUUGUUGAAGAAAUA